AGCAAAUCGCUUGCAUUCCCGCUAAAAACAUGCUUUCUAGCGGCAAAAUGUUGCAUAUAAAUAAUAACGUGCGCAGUUUUAUCAAAUACAUUUCACUAUGGAAGAUCAAGUUGUUGCGUGUUGUGUGGCUUUGCUCUACCUGCGGAGGAGAAGACGCCGAAGAUCGGUGUGGGUGCAUGAAAUUCUUCAAGCCCGUCAUCAGCUUGGAGAAUUUCACCGGCUGGUGCAGGAACUGCGGCUGGAUGACGGCAGGUUCCAGCGGUACUUCAGGCUGGAUAGAGAGCAGUUUGACAGCCUGCUCUCCAAAGUGGGACCGCAAAUUGCGAGACAGGACACCAAUUACCGGCAAUCUAUUGAGCCGGCUGAGCGUCUCGCAAUUUGUCUUCGAUUCUUGGCCACAGGAGACUCCUACCGCACCAUAGCUUUCAGCUAUCGUGUUGGAGUAAGCACAGUGGCAGGGAUUGUUGCAGCGGUCACCAGAGCAAUAUGGGACACGUUGGCACAAGAGGUGAUGCCAGUCCCCACCACUGAGGACUGGCGAAACAUCUCCACUGACUUUCUCCAUCGGUGGAACUUCCCUAACUGUCUUGGGUCCAUCGAUGGGAAACAUGUUGUGAUCAAGGCUCCUGACAACUCAGGGUCCCUAUUCUACAACUACAAGGGGACUUACUCGGUUGUGCUCCUGGCUGUGGUAGAUUCACAGUACCGCUUCCGAGUAGUGGAUGUAGGCAGUUAUGGGAGGAUGAGUGAUGGCGGUGUACUAGCCAAUUCCAUCUUUGGCCAGGCACUCCGAGAUGGGGCCCUUGGUCUGCCACAGGAUGCUCUGCUGUCAGGUGCAGAGCAUUUUGGGCCACAGCCACAUGUGUUUGUUGCUGAUGAGGCCUUUCCACUCCGCCGAGACCUCAUGCGCCCUUUUCCAGGACACAACCUUUCAGGCAGGCAAAGAAUUUUUAAUUACAGGCUGUCACGUGCAAGGCUGAUUGUUGAGAAUACUUUUGGUAUUCUCACAGCUCAGUGGCGUAUGUACAGAGGAGCCAUUGAGAUCAGCCCUGCCAACGUGGAUGCGUGUGUGAAGGCUACCUGUGUCCUGCACAACUUCCUGAGGUCCACAACUUCCACAAGGAUCCCCCUACCAUCAGCUGCUGAUGGAGAUGCUGCUGGCUUACAGGAGGUCACCCGAGUGGGCAGCAACAACGCCACACGGGAGGCCAUCCGUGUCCGGGAGACAUUCACAUCAUAUUUCUCCACAGAGGGAGCCGUCCCCUGGCAACCUGUGCCAUAAUAAAUGGCUUUAACGGCUCUUUUAAGA